AUGAUGUCUCGUAAUUCUGCUGCUGGUCUGGAUAAUACUCUAUUUCAACUAAAAUUUACUUCUAAGCAACUAAAGAAACAAGCUCAAAAAGCUUCUAAGGAGGAGAAGCAAGAAAUAGCCAAACUUAAAAAAUCACUUAAUGAAAGUGAAGAAAUUGCAAAAAUUUAUGCGUCUAAUGCUAUUAGAAAGAAAAAUGAACAUCUAAAAUUACUUAAAUUAGCUUCAAGGAUCGAUUCAGUAGCUUCAAGGGUUCAGACUGCUGUUACUAUGAGACAAGUUUCUACCUCUAUGGCUCAAGUUUGUAGGGGAAUGGAUAAAGCUCUGCAGAGUAUGAAUUUACAACAAAUAACAAUGAUCAUGGAUAAAUUUGAGCAACAAUUCGAAGACUUGGAUGCUAGUGUAAACGUUUAUGAAGAUAUGGGCGUUAGUGCAGAUGCAACAUUAGUAGAUAGCGAUAAGGUUGAUGAAUUAAUGAAUAAAGUAGCUGAUGAAAAUGGCUUAGAACUAAAGCAAAGUGCAAGAUUGGAUAGCUUGCCAGAAAUAAAACAAUCCGAGACUCCAGAAAUAAAUACUGAGAAAGAGGAUCAAUUAGCACAAAGACUUAAAGCUUUGAGAGGUUGA